UUAAGGUAAUAUGUCAAAGUUGUUAAAACUUUUUGGUUAAUUUACUAAUAAACAUAAAAUAACUUUGUGUAGCGAAAAUGAAAUUUAAAUACAAAAAAUCUGCAAAAUCUAUUUUAUCUGAUAAAAUCGCUGAUGCACUAACUGUGAAACCUCGAGCUGAUAUCGAAGAUGAUCAUGUAUUUAAUACAAAACCCAGUACAAUUUCACGUGUUGAUUUUACCUCUUCGGACAGUGAAGACGAAGCUGCAAUUAGUGAUUUUUGGAAACGAAAUGUGAAUUUGUUGAGUGAAAUUAGUAAGAAAUAUGAAGGUCAAAUUGUUUCACGGAAAGAUAUUGAUGCAGAUAAUUCUGAAGACGGCAAUUCUAGUAACGAAGAUACUGACACUUAUAAUACCAGCUUCUCAGAGAAAAAAGCCAAAGCAUCAUCGAAUGAUGAUAGUGAAGAAGAAAGUGAUGAUUACAAUAUUACAAAUAGCUUAAAACAGUUAGAUAAAAGUUCAGAAGAAGAGUCUAAUGAAACUGAUAAUCAAGACGAAGACGAUGAUGAUGAUGAUGACGAAGAUGGAGGUGAAGGCUACGACAUUAGUCAAAUGGAUGAACCAGCCAAAGAAGAAUUUGAGCAUGUUAAGAAACAAAAUAUCACUGAAGAAGCAAAGAAAGGCACUUGUGUUAGAAACCAACUUCUCAUAUGGGAGAAUUUGUUAGAGAUGAGGAUACACUUGCAAAGAUGUAUGAACACUGCAAACAGAAUGCCUUUGAAUGAUGUAUAUAAUGAGUUAAAAUCAUCUAAUGAAUUUGCAGAUGAAGCGGGUGUUACUGUAAAUAAUGUAGCUAAUGUAUUAGACAAAUUUCUAGUACUGCAAAAUUUAUUAUUAAGUAAUUUUCCUGAAACGAAGUCAAUUUCAAGUAAGAAACAAAUUUCUGAACAAAAAUUAACUAAGGAUGAAAGCGAUGAAGAGAUUCCAAGUGAUACAGAUAAUGAAGAAAUUCCAUCUGACACAGACACAGAGGAAAAUGUGAUUCAAGACAAAAAACAAAAUAAUCAAAAGAAAAGCACCAAAAAGAAACGUAAGCUUGUAGAUUAUGAGAGUGAUAUCGCAACUUCUCAUAAAGUUUUCAAAACCUUCAGGGAUUCUACAAUUCAAAAAUGGAAUGAGAAAACAAGAUUAGCAACAGCUGCUAACAUUAAAAAUACCCCCACAAACACAAUAUUACAGCAGAUAUCUUACAUACUAUCUGAUAAAGAGAAGCUUAUUCAUAGAACUCAGUUAAAAAGAUCUGAGUAUGAAAUUAUCGGAUAUAAAAAAGAACCUUCUCAAUCAGAGAUUAAUGACCAAAAUGGAGUGGACAUGAGUUCCGUAUCGAGAGACAGGAAAGAAAAUGAUGAGUAUAUACCUGAAAUAUUUGAUGACAGUGAUUUUUAUCAUCAAUUACUCAGAGAAUUGAUAGAAUGUAAGUCAGCAGAUAUAUCAGACCCUGUUCAGCUCAGUCGACAAUGGAUAGCGCUACAGCAAAUGAGAAGUAAGAUGAAAAGGAAAGUUGACACAAGAGCUACAAAAGGACGUAAAAUUAAAUAUGUCGUACAUAAUCCAUUAGUAAGCUACAUGGCUCCAGAAAAAUCGGUCAAAUGGAAUGAUGAGAGUUGUAAUGAAUUGUAUAGUUCAUUAUUUGGGAAAAUUUUUGAGAAUAACAAUGUAGGAAUCAAUGUUAAUUUAGAGAAUGUGUAAACAAUAAAAAAAAUA